CUAGAAGCAAGACUUUCCAAAGGGGCGGUCUGAUAAAUCAAAUCGAGUGGAGUAGUCCCCGUAGUGACUCAUUCAUAGGAGGAAAGUUUCCUUUGAAAAAUAAAGCUUAAUGUCUGACACACAGUUACCUGAUUGAUGCUUAAGAUCAGGCUUAUGGCUAAAGUAGAAGGCUUUCUUCUUCUCUUUACCUCAUGCCUGUUCUUGGGAUCACCAUACUGCUGUAAAGCACAGCUACGAUUUGAGCUAAUGCAAGGUGGGCAGCUGAGGGAUUGGGAGCAUAUACUCUCUCCAACGGGUAUCUUCAAGUUAGGAUUCUUCAGCCCCAACUCUUCGACUUACCGUUACUUGGGAAUAUGGUACAGCAAGCUACCACAUAACCCAGAUGCUGUUUGGGUGGCAAAUCCUGAAAAUCCAAUCCUUGAUGCAUCUGGAGUUCUCAGCUUGGAUAGCGAUGGAAAGUUAAAGAUCACGCACAAUGGAGGGCAACCCAUAGUGCUAAAUUCUAAUCAGGCAAAUUCAAGCAACCUGACAGCCAGUGUAAUGGAUACUGGAAACUUUGUAUUGAGAGAAGCUGGUUCCACUGCAACAGGGGGAGAAAUAUUGUGGCAGAGUUUUGAUUAUCCGGGUAAUACACUAUUGCCAGGUAUGAAACUAGGCAUGAACCUGAAGACUGGAAAAAACUGGGUACUCCAUUCAUGGUUGAGCAACCAAGUUCCCGCCCCAGGGGCUUUCAAGCUGGGGAUAGGAAAUGAAAAUGAUGAUCAACUGGUUCUUUGGCAGCGAGAGGAAGUGUACUGGACCAGUGGAGUCUGGAAAAGUGGAAGUUUUCAGAUGGCUCCUGAGCUUACAAGGAGGAGCGACCUGUAUCAAUUCAGCUUCGUUUCAAAUUCAGAUGAACAAAAUUUUUCCUAUUCUGUUAAGAGCAGUUCUACUCUUUCAAGAUGGCAACUGAAUACCUGGGGACAAAUCUUGCAGUACACUUUAGAUCCGGAUGGCACCACUUGGCAGCUUACGUUUGCUGGUCCUUGCAAAACUGAUGCAAACUAUCCAAGUGCUUCCUGCAUAUUACCGAAGCCUUCUAAAUGCAGGAAUGAAUCUGAGCUAUUUGUGCCAACUAGAGGAUAUUAUAAUGACAGCAAUUUGUUGUACUCUGAUGACAACACAAGUUUGGCUCUCAGCGACUGUCACAGCAGCUGCUGGAAGAAUUGUUCUUGCAUUGCCUAUGGAAGCCUUCUAGCUGAUGGGACAGGAUGCCGGCUUUGGAGUAAAGGCUCAAACUUUGUCCAGAAUGAGAACUUUGAUCUUCUUUACGUCCUUACAUUAGCUAGCGGUGAAGGUAUGCAUGUCUUUGCAUCUUAUCUAUAUUUACCCCCAUUGAGUCCUGCGUUACAGCAAUCAAUCAAUCAUAUCACAUAUUCAGCAAUAUUGUACAAGAAAACUAGAACUAGAAGCCCAGAGAGAAGUGUGAAAUAUUUGUGGUGGAUAUGGUGCAUCAUAGCCAUUGGUCUGGGACUUUCGAUGCUGCUUUUGGGCUACUUCUAUGUAACGAGGAGAAAACAAAAACUCAUGCAAGGGAUUGAAGGGACUGAAGGAGACACAACAGCCCAGGCCAGGUCAUUAGGCAAGUCAAAAAACCAAUUUCCCCUUUUCUACCACCUAAGAAGAACUAAAAAGGCUAGCAAUCCGUUUCAGUCGUUCAGUUUUUCAGAAAUAGUUGAUGCCACAAAUAACUUCUCUCCAGCAAACAAGCUUGGACAAGGUGGCUUUGGACCUGUUUACAAGGGUAUGCUACUGGAUGGGCAACCAAUUGCAGUAAAAAGGUUAGCUAGAAACUCUGGACAGGGAGUGGAAGAGUUCAUGAAUGAGAUCACCUUGAUAGCUGAACUUCAACAUUUGAACCUGGUGAGGCUUUUGGGUUGCUGCAUACAACAAGAGGAGAAGAUGUUAAUUUAUGAAUACAUGUCUAAUAAGAGCUUAGAUUCCUUCCUCUUUGAUCCCUCUAAAAGGAAAUUGUUGGAUUGGAAGAAACGUGUUGGCAUCAUUGAAGGAGUUGCCCAAGGACUUCUUUACCUUCACAAAUAUUCUAGAGUGAGAGUGAUACACAGAGACUUGAAAGCUAGUAACAUUCUUCUUGACCAUGAAAUGAAUCCUAAAAUAUCAGAUUUUGGAAUGGCACGAAUUUUUGGUCAUAAUGAGUCAAGAGCAAACACAAACAGAGUAGUUGGAACAUACGGUUAUAUGUCCCCAGAGUAUGCCAUGAAUGGCAUUUUCUCCGUGAAGUCUGAUGUCUUCAGUUUUGGGGUUCUGUUGCUAGAGAUUGUCAGUGGCAAGAAGAACACAGUAUUUACUUCAUCAGAUAAUCCACUCAGCCUAAUAGAUCAUGCAUGGGAAUUGUGGAAAAGAGGUGAUGCUCUUAAAUUUAAGGAUGAGUUGCUGGAGUCAUGCCCCCAAAACGAACUGUUAAAAUGCUUGCAGGUUGGCCUGUUAUGUGUGCAGGAUCAAGCAGCUGAUAGACCCACCAUGUCAGAUGUUAUUUCCAUGCUCACAAAUGAUGCUAUAUCCAUUCCCCAGCCUGAAGAACCAGCAUAUUGUACAAGAAAAGAUGAAACUAGGUCUACAUUUCCUAGUGACAAUUCAGAGAUUCAUUCGGUGAACCGUGUAUCUAUAACCAUAGUGGAAGCAAGAUAGAGAUAUGUGAUCGUGUGUUUUAUACCGUCUGGAUUACUUUCUACUCAAAACAGUAGUAGAUGGUGAAGGUAACUGAAAUAUAUAUUUCUUAAAUGUAUUAAACCUAAUGAUUGAAGCAAAGGCUCAUCCAUUUUCUCUCCCAGGAGUCUUCCUGUCAA